AUGAAGAGCCAACAGCACACCUCCAAUUACCUGCUGCUACAUGUGUGGUGCGGGUUUCUCACAGUCGCUAUGGGGAUUAUGGUCGCAGUUCUUACAACAGUGCAAAUAAACUCUUCUGACAAGAGUCAUUUACCUGAAUCAAAGGAGGAAAACCAGCAUCCUACAAAUGGCAGUUUUUUGGCUCAAUUGAAUUCAUCAAAGGCUCCCCGUCCCUCCUAUAUCCAGCUGACCAUGGGAACAUUAUCUUGGGAGAAUGACCAUGAUGCCUGUGGCUCUUGCUCCCUCGUCCUCCGCGACAACUCUGUCUACAUCACAUCUGAAGGCUUCUACUACAUCUAUGUCCAGGUCACCUUCACUAGACAGACCGGGGGAGAGGAGAAGAGGAAGGUGACUCUGUUCAAAAAUGGCAUUCAGAAUCAGACCCAGCGAAGGAGACUGAGUGAAGCCGUGUAUCACGGAGAGAAAGAAGGCACUGUAUUCAUGUCCAGGAUGGUUAAGCUCCAACAAGGUAACAGUCUCAGCCUUGAGAUAACAUCCAAGAAUAAUAGUUUUAGGUAUGGGGUAGAGAAUACCCACUGGGGGGCAUAUCAGCUCCCCCCAUAUUGAGCCAACAGACAUUUGUAUUGAGACUUAGUUCAAGAUUGAACCAACAAAAAGCUGUUAAAACAUUGUUUUUAAAAAAGUGUGUGGUAGUUACUAAACUGAAUUUAUUUUGUGGAAACUGUAACUGUUAUGCAUAUGCAUUGUAUGUUUUGCUGAACAGAUUUGAUUACACAAUGAGAUAACAGAAUACUUUGUCAAACUAUCUAUUUGUGUGUGUGUGUGUGUGUGUGUGUGUGAUUUCUUGUGAUAUUAAUGGUAUCUAUCAUGAUGUGAAUUAGUCGAUGCUAGAUAUUAUAGAUGGUAAAUAGAUUUGAUAUGGAGACAGUGGUCGUGUCUGAAUACCCAUACAACUGUACUAAAUAGUAUGCAAAAAUAAA